AUGGACAGCUCACUGGAAAAUACAACUAUUUCUUUAUCCAAAUGUUCUUUAGAGUCAGAAUUUACUGAAAGUGGGAGAGAGAACAGCAUCAGAUCUUCUAGUGAUUUCCUACAAAGUUUUAAAGACUGGGAUUGUUUUGAUGAUAAGCAAGAUUCUUUUUGUGAUUCAAGUGGUCUAGAAAUAGAAGAAAAGACCAUUGAUUGCUCUGAAACUGAUGCAGUUCAAAAUACAGCUAUAUAUGUGGAAACAGGCAGCACCUUAUCAUCCUGUUUGGCUGCAAAUACACAAGAAAACAGUGACCAAGAUAUUACCAAUGGUUUGGUAAGGAAAAUUCUGAGUGGAACUGGUGCUCAAGCAUGCAAUAGUCAAGGUUUAAUACCGCCUCACAUCAGUCAAAUUUAUGAUGAAUUAUUUGUCAUACAUCAGAAGCUCCAGAGAGAAAGUUCAGCACAGCAGGAGUAUGCUCUGCAACUCCAGAAACGAGAGCAUUUUCUAACAGAGCGAGAAGCAUUGCUUUUUAGACAUGAAGCAGCUUUGGCUAAAAUACGAAGUGUUGAGGAAGAAGUUCACACAAAAUUUGGAAUUAUAAAAGAGCAACAUGAGGCAGAAGUUAAACAGCUGACAGAAGCCUUGAGAGAAAUAACUAAAGAAAAUAGAAGACUGAAGUUGUCAUUUGACACCUUGAAGGAAAUUAAUGACUCUUUAAGAAAACAGUUAAGUGAUGUAACUGAGCUGAACAAGAAGUUGGAAAGUCAAGCAAGAAAAGUACAAGCUCGUUUAGAGAAUCUACAAAGGAAGCAUGAAUUCUUAAUAGUACAGAAGUCUAAGGAUAUAUGUCAAGUGGUGCAACAAAGUAAACCUGUCAAGCAGGAAAAAGUGAAGGUAACAUCAAAAAUUGCUAAGCUACCAUUGAAUUCACAAGUUUAUGAGCUCUUAACUUUUCUUAUGGAUUGGAUCUCAGACCACCACCUUAGCAAAAUAAAAAUACAAGAAGAAAGAGAGGAUGGUCAUAAACUUCUGGUUACCCAGACCUCCAAAAAAACCUGCACCCAGGAAAGGUGUAUGAAGCUUUUGCCUAUAGCUACUGAGCAACUCCAGUGGAUGCCAUUUGUGAAUCCUAAACUACACAUGUCUGUGAUUAAAUUUAUUUACUGGUCUGUAAGACACCUAGACAGUGGUAUUCAGCAUGCAACAAUGGCAUCAACAAUGAGGAGACUUGGCGAAGAUAUUUUCAAAGGCAUAGUAAGUAAGGGAAACCCACAUAGUUCUUCUGAACAGUCUACAGAGAGUAAAUCAAAAUCGGCAGCUUUCUUUAAGAGUUCCUGUAUGCCUUUGAGGUUUCUGUCAACUUUAAUUGUGCUUAAAACAGUGACACAAGUGGAUUACCUGGCUCAAGCGUUUGAUUCCCUUCGCAUAGACUUGAAGACAGAUGAAGGGAAGGCCUUAUUUUUGGAAUACCAAUGUGUACCUGUCAUAUUAAGUCACUUAAAAGUAUCCAGUAGAGGUCUGCUUUCCAGUGCUCUUGAUGGAUUACUUCAGAUGACCAUGGAAUCUGGUUCCUUACAGCCUUUUCUGGAAGCCUGCAGUAAUGAAUCCUUCUUCCGUACUUGCUCUGUAUUGCUUCGAAGUUCUAAGCUAGAUACUCAGAUUUUGGAAAAGCUCUGUGUUAUUCUGCAAAAACUCUCCAGAAUAAAAAGCAAUAAGAAGAUGUUUGAAUUGUUUACUCUUCACCAAAUGAUCCAAGAACUACAUAGGACUACAAAUCCAGAUCAUGCUUUCCUCUAUAUAAACCUCAAUUCAAUUCUGUUGAAUUUGGGAUUGUCAAGGAGUAACUCUCUUACCUCCAGUCGAAGCAUAAGUCACUAG